AGCAUCCAAAUCCGCUAUCUUCCCUUGUGCAGCCCCGCUCCCCCCCAGCCCCGACCAAUGGCUCCGGGAACUGAGAUUAGACCCAGCCGUGUAUAAAAAUGCCCGGGGCAGCCCCUGGCCCCACUCCUGUCACUGUCACUGUGCAGGGAAGCCCAGGCAGCCCCUGGCCCCACUCCUGUCAUUGUCACUGCAGGGAAGCCCAGGCAGCCCCUCUGCUCGGCACCAUGGUGAACUGGACAGCUGAGGAGAAGCAGCUCAUCACCAGCACCUGGGGCAAGGUGAACGUCGCCGAGUGCGGUGCCGAGGCCUUGGCCAGGCUGCUGAUCGUCUACCCCUGGACCCAGAGGUUCUUUGCCUCCUUUGGGAACCUCUCCAGCCCCACGGCCGUCAUCGGCAACCCCAUGGUCCGAGCCCACGGCAAGAAGGUGCUCACCUCCUUCGGGGACGCCGUCAAGAACCUCGACAACAUCAAGAAAUGUUUUGCUCAGCUGAGCAAACUCCACUGUGACAAGCUGCACGUGGACCCCGAGAACUUCAGGCUCCUGGGUGACAUCCUCAUCAUCGUCCUGGCCACCCACUUCGGGAAGGACUUCACCCCUUGCUGCCAGGCUGCCUGGCAGAAGAUGGUCCGGGUGGUGGCCCACGCCCUGGCCCACGAGUACCACUGAGC